UAAAGAACCCGUCCACUCCAACCCCCCAUUCCUUCCUCACCAAUCCGGCCAAAAGCGAAGCAAAGCAGAGCAUAUUGCUCCAUCGAUCUCGCCAAAAAAAAAGCAGUGGAACUGGGGGAUUGAGGGGGCACAAGCGCAGCACAAAGAAAGCGAGAGAGCGGCAGAGCGCAUCACGCAUGGCUCCCUUUUUCUCGCUCAAAAGAAUAGAUCGCUCUCGUUCUCGUAACCACACAUGGAAUUAAUUGGAUCACCACUACUCACAAAUUCACAUAGCGUGGCAGAGUAGCUAGCUGACUAGCCUAACUCCUACAGCUAUCCUUCUCGGUUCUCACUGCGCUGCCAUUAAAACCCCCGUUCUUGUUACCACGGUGACCUUGAGCACGCACACUCCUUAUGUUGCCUCCUCGCCGUAGCAGCUUACAUGGAUACGUUGUUUAGGUUGGUUAGCCUCCAAGCCUCAGAGCAGCAGCAGCAGCAGUCGGCGUCAUACAACUCGAGGAGCACCACGUCGAGCGGGUCGAGGUCGUCGUCGCACCAGACCAACGCCUCCUACAACUACUACUACCACAGCAACAGCGGCGGCGGCGGCGGGCAGUACUACUACGGCCAGCAGCAGCAGCAGCAGUACUACCUGGAGCCGUACCAAGAAGAAUGCGGCAACGCCCACCACCUUUACAUGGAUGAAGACUUCUCCUCCUCGUCCUCGUCGAGGCAGCACUUCCACUCGCACGGCGCGACGGUGCAGCCGCCGACGUCGUCCACGCCCACGCCGACGGCGCCGACGCCCCCGCUGUCCACGUCGUCCACCGCAGCGGGAGCGGCGCACGCGCUGUUCGAGGCGGCUGACCUGUCGUUCCCGCCGGACCUCAACCUCGACUUCUCGUCCCCGGCGUCGUCGUCCGGCGGGGGCGCGGCGUCGUCGGCGGCAGUCGGGGGAGGAGGCGGGGGCAGGUGGGCGAGCCAGCUGUUGCUGGAGUGCGCGCGAGCGGUAGCCGCGCGCGACAGCCAGCGCGUGCAGCAGCUGAUGUGGAUGCUCAACGAGCUGGCGUCGCCGUACGGCGACGUGGAGCAGAAGCUCGCGUCCUACUUCCUGCAGGGGCUCUUCGCGCGGCUCACGGCGUCCGGGCCGCGGACGCUGCGCACGCUCGCGGCGGCGUCCGACCGGAACACGUCGUUCGACUCGACGCGACGCACGGCGCUGCGGUUCCAGGAGCUCAGCCCGUGGUCGUCGUUCGGGCACGUGGCAGCCAACGGGGCCAUCCUGGAGUCAUUCCUGGAGGCUGCCGCGGCGUCGUCGGAGCCGCAGAGGUUCCACAUCCUCGACCUGAGCAACACGUUCUGCACGCAGUGGCCCACGCUGCUCGAGGCGCUCGCCACGCGGUCCGCCGACGACACGCCGCACCUCUCGAUCACCACCGUGGUGUCCGCCGCGCCGUCCGCACCGACGGCCGCCGUGCAGCGCGUGAUGCGGGAGAUUGGGCAGAGGAUGGAGAAGUUCGCGCGGCUGAUGGGCGUGCCCUUCAGCUUCCGCGCCGUGCACCACGCUGGGGACCUGGCGGAGCUCGAUCUCGACACGCUCGACCUACGCGACGGCGGCGCCACCACGGCGCUCGCCGUCAACUGUGUCAACUCUCUGCGAGGCGUCGUGCCGGGCGGCGCCCGCCGGAGAGACGCGUUUGCCGCGUCCCUCCGCCGUCUCGAUCCGCGGGUCGUCACCGUCGUCGAGGAGGAGGCCGAUCUGGUGGCCUCGGACCCCGACACAUCCGAUCAAGGCAGCGAAACGGAGGCGGCAUUCUUGAAGGUGUUCGGUGAGGGCUUGCGGUUCUUUUCGGCUUACAUGGAUUCGCUUGAAGAGAGCUUCCCGAAGACAAGCAACGAGAGGCUGGCACUAGAGAGGGGAGCAGGACGUGCCAUUGUCGACUUGGUAUCGUGCCCGGCGUCAGAGUCCAUGGAGCGGCGGGAGACGGCGGCGUCAUGGGCGCGCCGCAUGCGGUCGGCCGGGUUCUCCCCGGUGGCAUUCAGCGAGGACGUUGCCGACGACGUGCGGUCACUGCUGCGCCGGUACCGGGAGGGCUGGUCGAUGCGCGAGGCAGCGUUAGACGACUCGGCGGCGCCUGGAGCAGGCGUGUUCCUCGCGUGGAAGGAGCAGCCUCUCGUGUGGGCAAGCGCGUGGAGGCCAUGACAGAGAUCGAUCCAACUCACCGACGCAAAUGCAAGAUCGGUGAGUGCGUGUGGAACCACAGGAGCCAAGGAGAAGCAAGGGCGCCAUGCCCAGCCACGCUGAUGCAUCCACGCAUUGGAUCAUCGCAGGCACGUGCAUGUGUAUGGCUAGCUCUGAUCUCCUUGCUCGUCUUGAAAAUUGAUGCAUGGCUCACGCAUGUAGGGUUUUGAAGCAGCGUAAACGUAGGGAUCGGAGCUAAAGGAAUUGUUCAUGUACGUACCUACACAUUGGUUGCAGCGAGAAGUGUGAUCGAGGAUCAGGAGGUGUAAUAGUUUUAGGUUUUUAGACUUGCGUCUAUUUUAAAUCAUCGAUCGUCACAAGUUCUUGGCGUGAUGAUUUUGAUUAGCAUUGCUUGCUUCUUUUCCCUCUAUGUUCCUUCUUGUAAGGUUAACUUAAUUUCUCCCUUUUGGAGGAUUUUACGUGCAUGGUUUUGUCA